AUGGGCUCGCGGUUCUCGACCUCGACCUCGACCAGGAUCACGUCGCUCGUGCGACUUGCCAUGCGCGACGCUCUGCUUGCCUCAUCGAGCCUUCCUUGUGUCAAUGUCUUCGCGAGUACAUCUUCACUCCUUUGGGUCGUAGACUCUGAGAUGUUGCAACUUGAUCUCAUAGCUCUCCACGAGGCCGACGAGUACGGACAUGACCUAUGCUAA